AUGGCUUUUGGCGCAGGACCCCGGCUUGGCCUGAACCUCGGCUUCACAGCAUCGGCCGCUGAUGGGCUGUACGGUAGUGUACGUAUGCAGGCGAACAAUUGUGAAUGCGGCGCACCAACACGUUGCAACCGAGCAUCAGCGGCUGCCCGAAGCCUCGGGCAUGCAUCUGAUGAAUCGCGUGCAUCAAAGUCCAGCCAGCAGGGAGAGACAGGUGCUGGACAGCCGUCCAGUAUUGCCUCGCUUCCGCCAAGUCAGAGUCUCGUGGGUCUGAGCGUUGCCCCAGGGGCUUCCUGGCCGCGUUGGUGA